GCUCGUUUUAACAUCCCACCCUGCACCGUCCACGUCCACGUCCACGCAUCAGGAAGGAUGAGCCCAUUGUAAAUCCCUCAUUUGCGCCGAGAGCAGCGGGCUGCGCGCAUCGCGCGCCUCAUGACGCUUCUCUCCGCCACGCACCGGGAACCGGACUGACACCGGCACAGGGCGCGACCACAGCUCCGUCCUCGCGCUCAGCGGCCGAUGCUCGUUCUUAUUCGAAGGAGUGGACGUCUUUUUCUGUUCGUUUCUUCAGUGGACGCCGCAGUUUCCCACAACAAACAAGGUUUAAAAUGAACGAGGGGCCGGAGAACAACCUGAGCCAGCUCUGCGACAACUGGACGACCUACAACUCCUCCUCAGGGUCGGCGCUGCCUCCGAACAACAUCACCUACGUUGGAUUUUACCUGCACCAGCCGUCCACCGCCGCCAUCUUCAUCGUGUCCUACCUGCUCAUCUUCCUCGUGUGCAUGGUGGGGAACGGAGUGGUGUGCUUCAUAGUCCUGCGGAGCAGGAACAUGCGCACCGUCACCAACCUGUUCAUCCUGAACCUCGCUGUGAGCGACCUCCUGGUCGGGAUCUUCUGCAUGCCCACGACCCUCCUGGACAACAUCAUCACAGGAUGGCCCUUUGGAAGCCUGGUCUGCAAAAUGAGUGGGAUGGUGCAGGGGAUUUCUGUGUCAGCAUCGGUCUUCACUCUAGUUGCCAUUGCCGUAGACAGAUUCAGAUGCAUCGUCUACCCAUUCAAGCAAAAGCUGACCAUCUCCACAGCCACCUUGAUAAUAGUCAUCAUCUGGGUGCUGGCCAUAUCCAUCAUGUGUCCCUCCGGCGUGAUGCUACAGGUGACAAAGGAACACAGCGUUCGGGUUUUACUGGGCUACGACAACAAAACAAGUCCAUUUUACUGGUGCAGAGAGAACUGGCCCAACCAGGAGAUGAGGAAGAUUUACACAACUGUCCUGUUCGCAAACAUCUACCUCGCCCCCCUGUCACUCAUCGUCAUCAUGUAUGCCCGGAUUGGCAUUACGCUUUUCAAGACAGCUGUUCCCGGAGGAGGAAAGCCCGGCCAUGAAAACCGCCACACCGUGUCAAAGAAAAAGCAGAGGGUGAUAAAGAUGCUUCUGAUAGUCGCUCUGCUCUUCAUCCUUUCCUGGCUGCCGCUGUGGACCCUCAUGAUGCUGAGCGACUACGCCAGCCUGACAGAGAAUCAGUACAGGAUCAUCAACAUUUACAUUUAUCCCUUUGCCCACUGGCUAGCUUUCUUCAACAGCAGCGUCAACCCCAUCAUCUACGGUUUCUUUAACGAGAAUUUCCGCAGAGGAUUUCAAGCCGUGUUCAAGUUCAGCUUGUGCACAGUGGACGGACAGAGGAGGAAAACCUACUCGCACAGGCUGCAGGGAAACUCCGUGCUCCCAGCCAAUAAUGCACAAACUUCACUGGAGCCCAUUUCUCUCAACAGCCUGGAUAAAAACACCUCCAGGAGACUCAAUCGUGUCACCGAGCAGGAUUUGGUCAUGGAGGACUUGGAAAAGGGAUCAUGCAGUAGUGGCGGUGUGACAGCCGUGUCCAUUUGAGUUGACAGAGACAUUCUUCAAGGUGACAAGCAAAGGUCCAAGUUUCAAGGAAACUGUUCGUACAGAACUACUCGAAGCAAAGCCAUCCAGACAGAGCAACUAAACUGCAAAUCUCGAAAGCCGACAGUUUAAAAGCUGAUGUCUAAUCUGUCAAAUGCAAUUUGAAAUGAAAAAUGAGCGCUGCCAUGAGGUAGAUAAGAAAUAGGACAACACUGGCCCUCGAGGGUCCGGCAGCAAGCGGUGCGUUUGGUGGCUCAGGUUUAGCUCUGAUACAGAUGCCUUCGUGAAGAGACUGCUGGACUCAGCAAAUGUAAGAGUGAGAACGAAGCUUUUCUUCUCACCUUUAAGGAAAUGCAUGUUGCCAUGUUAUGAAAUGGAAGCAGUUCUGUGUCCAGUUGUCAACAAGGGGAAAGGUCUAAUUUUCCAAUGCAUAGUUUACCGAGUUAAUAACGGGCUGCUCCACCAGCUGCCACUAUCAAAACAGUGCACAAAGACGCAGGUCACACAUUAAUUACAAUAACUGAGUCACUCCAACCUCGGUCUUCAGUGCUAAUGACAAUAAGUACCCUGAAGAGGAAAACCUGACCUGUAGAAUGAGUCGUGCCAAAUAUUUGAACCAUUACUGUUCUGGAAGAGCGAGCAAAUAACAAGCCAAGACUUCUGCACAGCGACAGAAGCUGUAAAACCUUUCUGGACCAGCACCAUUUAACAGGUGGUUCAGGAAGUGACAACUAAGAUCUUUCUACAUCUGCAGCUCACAUUUUAAACUGGUAAAUGAGUCCUAGUGUUUGUACAGUAGAUGUUUCAUGCAGGACAGUGCUUCAUUGUAGAUUUACCAUCAAGGACUUCACCAUUCGUUGUUUUCUCACUUAUGCUUGACGACACACAUUAUUUACUUUUCCAAUUACGCAGGUGAGUUGAGGACCAGUCAAGUGUGAUCUGACAUCGUCUUUUCAUCACUCAUGUGAAGCUGAAGCAACUUUACAAUUUUUGCCUUGAAAAGCAUUUAACAAAGAUGCUUAUUAGCAUUCAGUGACUUUGACGACUUGCCAAUAGCCGAGACUCAUUAUUCUGAUUAAUGAGUUUAUUAUAACUCUAAUUAACAUCAUUCUGAGGCCUUUGAUAAACUCUCAUGCCAACAGGACCAUUGUUUCUGUUUUACUAAAUUCAGGCCACAUACUGGAGCUUUUUUUCACAAACAAAAAAGGUUUUGCUGUCAAUUAGCUGAACAGUAAAGUUAAUUGAAAGUGAAAUCUGCUUUUGACGUUGUCCAGUAUCUGUUGUAGAAGAAGCAGUGAAGGUUUGAGAUUAGUCUGCAGCAGAAGAGCGCCCUGACACGAAGGUGUGACAAAAUAAUUCCAGACUCAUUAUUACAUUUAAACAUUUUAAUUUGUAAUCUGUAUUUUCAGUUUAAAUAACAGUUUUUUUUAAAUUUUCCAAUAUGUUUGGCUGAUGAAUGUCAGUAAAUAAACUACAGACGUAGGGAAAAAAAACAAUAAACACGGUUCAGAACCAGGACAAAGCAAAGCUGAACAAUAAAAUUUUAAACGAGUUGCACUAAAUUGAAUUUACUAUUGAUAGUAAUACAGUAUGUUGGGUUAAGGUUCCAGCUGAAUGAAUUACCAUCCAUGAUUUUAUUCAGGAUCUGCUCUGUAAACAUACAACAGGAAUCCGAUCAGAAUUUAUUCAUGACUCUCUCAUAAGCCCGUUAUGAAUGUGCCAUGUGAAUGUCACAUCAGUGUUCUGCUGUUUUUUUUUUCUUUUCUCUCUGUGAAUGUUUUGUGCAGUCGACCGUGCAGUAAAUAAGAAAAUAUCUUUCGUCUAAUGUGAGUAUGUUUAGUAGGAGUAGGAACGAAAACGUGAUUAUGUUUGUCUGUGUGAAUUUAUGAUUUGGAAAGUUCUUGCUGGGUUGAGAACUUAAAAAAAAGAAACCAUAGGGGAUGUGCUUACUUUACAUCUUUACUCUUCUAGUGUCUGGUAUUAUUUUUAAAAAAGAUUAUUUUAAUAUCUGUACAGCACACAUGUAAAAAUGAUACUAUACUAAUAAUUCACUGCAUCCUCUAACUUCUCAAAUGGAUAUAAAAAGGUUUGAAACCACAGGCGGCAUGCUACUGUACAUGGGCUGGAAACCAUCGUGGAGGUUCUUAGCUUCUGUCCUGGUGCAGUAACUAAACCCAUGUCACAGACUUCUCUACAGUGUUUUCAGAACAUCCAUAAAACAGGUGUCACGUUCUCACACUUUGAUUGUCUGAUUUGCUCUUUUUCACUGCCAGGCACAGACCAACUUGUGCUGCAACAAGAGGGUUUAGUUGUCCGGUCUCUGAGCUGUUCUGCAGUAACCUCACGUCUACUACUGCAGUCAAAGCCGGGGCUAAAAGAUUUGGACAGUUGUCAAGAGAAGGCAUCUCAAGUUAGGACAGGAUGUCCACAUCAUCCGGGUCGCUGCAUGUUUACCGCCCCCCCUUAAAUCCACUGGAAGCUGUUUGGCGUUUUGUCACAUCCUAGUGACUGGCUCUUCUGGUGACUGCGUGCAAAAUGAAUGAGUGAAUGGAUUGUUGAAAUGUUACAGCUGAACUCACACAUACUUGCAACCCACAGAGCUGAAUGAACCUCCAAGAUGGCACCAACCCAUUUAUUUGAAUAUUGCCUUUUCACCAGUUCCAAAAUCCUUCUUUUUCAAUACCUUCUUCUGGAAUAUGCAUAGUUAAAGUUGAUGCUAUCAGUCGGCUGACAGACAAUUUUCAGCCAGAGUGUGUUUAAGAACACUUGGAAACCGAAUCCAGCUCCAUGUCUGUCAGCUUCAAGUAGUUUGUACAAUAAAUGGAAACGAACUUUCUAAACAGAGAGAGCGAGCACAAAGUGACAGGUGUUUCACUAUUGAGUGUAAUGAAUCUGUAAAUCUCGUUGCCUGUGGUGAAACCCUCCUGCUUCUAUGUCAACCCUGUAUGGAUGAACAGCUAAACGCCCUUUUGGUACCUCUGUACUGUUUAGUUUGCAUGUAAAUAUAUCUUGUAGCAUGUGUGCUUUCAGUGUUUGCACAUACGCAUCCCUAAAUAAUCUUUAAAACCUUUAUAUGUUGGGACACAAAUGAUAGUUUUUACAUUAAGAAGAGAUUUUAUAGAGCGUAAACGUCCCAUUUAAUUGUGAAGGGCUAUUCAUCACGCGAUCUAUUACCUCUGUGAUUGUCUGAACAAAACCCAAGUGCAGGGUUUUAGAGUCAAAGUUGUUGGUAUUGAAACAGGCCUGAUGACGUCACUCAUACUUUUCACUGCACCUGAUUUGAUGUAAUUUAUGAAAAACAAUCAGAAUUGAUAUAAUUGAUAUAAAUAACAAAAACUCUUGUGCCUCAAGGAAAUGUCAACACAAAUAGUAAAAUAAAUAAAUAAAUCUGUUUUGCAUAACUGAUACUAUGAACUAAAUUUUAUUAUAUUAUCGUACAUUUUCCCUCCUAAGGGAAAUAAAAAUAAACUAAAAGGAAAACAGUAAAAGCAGAGCAAUCCAACCAUAAGAUGCCACAUUCUGCCAUAUUGGGAUUCACACUGAAGUGGUCCCGUGUUUUCAGUUACAGCACAAGCAGCUUAGUUGGCGGUGGUGUGACGUUACGAGAGACAACGCCAGACGUUCAGGUUCUGCUUAAGUCACAUGUUGAUACACGUAAACGCUACCAGCCGCAUCCCAGUCUCCUGAAUUUCAACUGAAAUGACAUGCAACAUGAUAAAGUUUCAGUAUUUUCAGCUGAAUGUUUAAUAGAAUAUUACAUAAGCAAAAGAAAAAACUAUUUUCUAUUAAACAAUAUUAGGCCUAGAACCUUUUGUGUUACAGUCAGAUGUUGCAGAAAAAAACCACAUAAUAAUAAAUAAUAAUAAUAAUAAAUAAUAAUAAUAAUAAAUAAUAAUAAUAGGUAAAGUCAACCAGUUUGACUAAAAAAUUAUUGAGUUUUCUUUACCAAUGUGGUAAUGAGCCUUAGAACAGUGGAAAAACUGGAUGUCAGGUUAAAUCCUGGAGCAACCAGCUCUCUGAAUGUAGGGGUCCUGGAGCAGGCUGCUAAACAGGAGCAGUUUACAGGAUUAAUGCAACGUAGGGUGGGUUUGCUGAGGACGAUGGUUCAGGAGAAAAAGUUGGCGAAGCCGCCAAGUGGCCUGACUCGACUUAUCCAGAUUAUAGUAUGGUGCUUUCAUUUUUUUCAGCACAUGCCGUUUAUUCUUAGAAAACCUAAAAUUAAGGCUGUGUCCGAAAUCCUUCACUCUUCAUACACAGUAGAAUCUGCUCACUCAUUUUAGAACUAGCAUGUUGUCCAGUGCACAAACUUCCGUCCUCAGUAUAACAUAAUAUAUCGCCACCUAGAAGAUGUUUACAUCAGUAGAACAAUGAGCAGCCUGUAAAAGUGAGAACAGUGAGAGACUUUGGACAUCGUCUUCUUCAGUUCUUUUCCAAAGAAAAGAUAAUGCCUGCCUUUGUGUUCUAAGCGCACUCAGUGACCAGAGACUCUUCAUAUCAUUGUAUUUGAAGCACUUCCAGUGACGACGGACACAUUCAAGCGCUCAAGCAGGGACGUGAAGCAUUGUAGUGUCAGAAACGUGCAGUCCAGCGUGCACGUCUGGUCAUACAGAUAAUGGAGAACUGUGAUGAUGAAACCAUUUCAGCCAGUGGAGGGAGGUCUUAUAUGCUGUGUGAUGUCUAGACUGAUAUAAUGGGAUGUUCCAAAUCGCCUGUCAGUGGAGAGAUGAACAUGAACAUGCACAUGUUUGUGAAUGGAGCUUUGUCAUCCUCACAGUAUAACCAGGACAAUCCACUGUGAACACAGCUUUGUCGAAAUAACCCCUCACAUGUGAAGAGAAGGACAUAAAUUGAAUGGCUCUGGUCACUGAGUGUGUUUUUCUUUACAGUAUAUUGAACCGUUUUUCUUCUGAUAAUUGUUUAAUCCACGCUGGGAAACUGUGGUUUUAUGCUUUUCUGUCUUGCCUUUGUAUUAAGAUAUUUCAAUGUGCCCAAACUGAGAGAGGGCAUCUGUGUUCUUGUUAACAGCAAACUGUCCAAAUGGUCAUUAAUAAAAGAUAUUGGUCUGACGUUAA